AUGGUAUCUGCAUUCAACCUCGCUUUCAUCCUCUGUGUCGUCUCUGUUGCACAGGCAGCUACUUAUAAAAAGCCUCAAGGAUUCACUGAAAACGCGAUUCGUAAGUCAGGUGCUCAUUACUAGAUUGCAAAGCUUGCUCAACCCUUCCCCUCACCAUUUCGAACAUGUUGUAGUCGUCAAAUGGACGACUGCGCAGGAUACCAAGUGCCGUAUCAGCGUAGCCGCCGCGGACCAAUGCUGGCUCAAAGCCUGCUCCGAUAGGACCUCGCAAGCGUUCGUCGUCAAUUUAUUGGUCCCUACCAUAGAGGAGGGACCCAACAGUGGUAACGCUUGGGCAGAGUGCACCGCGUGAGUUGGGUGGAUAUCGAUGCCGGAGUUGCUCUCUCUCGACGUUUUGCUUAUGUGCGCUCUUUUCUGUCUGGUUCCAGCAAGACCUCGACUGGGUGAGUGACAGUGAUCGAGGCUUGGCACAUUUGAAACGGUCGACUAACAACUUGACGUUGCCCUCUAAUCGAUCGAUAGCAAAACCUACAGUCUCUCGGGAACUGUUGCCGAGGACGACGUGUACAUGACUGUCAUUGGCUGA